AACAGUCGGAGAGCUUCUGUCCGCCUGGUGCCAGAAGUUGAGCAUCCCCGUCACCAUGCCGCGAGGGUUCUUAGUGAAGAGGAACCGUAGAAGCUCGGCGUCAUAUCGACUGAGAAACAACCCCAAACCCGAGACGUGCAAUAAGGACGGACACCACCGCGAGGAGGUUGAAGUGACCACGCCGCAGAACGUCUGGUGUGUCCCGGGGACGGAUGCCCUACUCCCGGUGUCUUGCGAGGCUUCCACGGAGGCGUGGAACCUAAACGUGGAGUCCGCUCUGGAGGCAGAGGCGGACCGGCGGCGCGCACAUUUACCGUACAACGAGGAGCACCGGAGAGACAUUGACGUUCUCACUCCUGAGUGUGACUUCUCCUGCUUCUUUCCACCUCCACCUCUACAGGGCUCGCCUCUAAUGGACGCCUGUAGCCCGGUCAAGCCGGUCGGGGCGAGACUACCGGAGCAGCACGAGUGCGAAAGAAGUCAGCCGUUAUUUACCGACACGCCGUUUCCUGCUUCCAUUGAGAGGCUUUUUGCGAGUAAAGACUCCGCCAUGGUGACCGGAGAGAGACUGAACCGACACAACAGAACUUCGGCGGGAAACCCGUGUAAGAAACCCAAAACGAACCGGAAACUUAACUUCGAGGACGAGGUCACGACUUCGCCCGUUUUAGGUCUGCGCAUCAAGAAAGAAAGCCCGGAAGUGAGGAAGCAGCACCGGCACAAGUCCGCCGCUCCGAACGGAAGUCAACCGCUCGGAGAGUUCAUCUGCCAGCUGUGUAAGGAGGAGUACUCCGACCCGCUCUCCCUCGCGCAGCACCGGUGCUCGCGCAUCGUCCGCGUGGAGUACCGCUGUCCCGAGUGCGACAAAGUCUUCAGUUGUCCGGCCAACCUGGCCUCGCACCGCCGCUGGCACAAACCGCGUCCAGCCAACAACCCGGCGGGGGAGAGGAGCGCCAAAGAGUUCAAAGUGGACGGGAAAGAGAACGAGCUGCUGUGCGUCGCGGACGGAAACAGCCCCGCGCAGCCGGACUCGUCGCCUCCGUUCAACCAGGGGGAAAGCCCACCGCCGGGGCUCCUUAUGCUGAACGCCAACCCUUACGGGCCGUCGCUACCGCCCGCGCCUCCGCCGUUCGCCCCGGUGGUGGCGGAAGAAGAGGCGUACGACUGUCGCUACUGCGGCAAGAAGUUCCGGCGGCAAGCUUACCUGAAGAAGCACGUGGCGGCCGCGCACGAGAUGACCGCUCGAGCUCCCUCGCCGUACCAGCAGAGCCGUCAGGUGUGCGCGUGUCAGCUGUGCGGCGCGCGCUUCCCGUCAGCCGACAUCCGGGACAAGCACCGGGUAUGGCACACCGUGACCGGCGAACUGCUGGGAGGGGGACUCCGGGCGGAUGUGUAUGGCGGAAGCCGGGAGCAGCAGAUUCUCACGUGCAAAUAUUGUCCGUCCACGUUCCUGAGUUCGCCACAGCUCACGAGGCACAUCAGCAAGGCUCAUCCAGGGGAGAACCUGCACGUCAUGAUGCACAUGGCGGUGAGGAACUGACAUGCUGCUGCUUACUGUACGUGCCAUCUAGAUAGAUAGUACUUUAUUGAUUCCUUCAAGAGAGUUCCUUCAGGAAAAUCAAAAUUCCAGCAGCAGUGUACAGAGUUGACAUCAAUUUAAAAAAGUAAAUAAGGGGGGUUAAAUGGAAACAAAAUAGAGAAAUAUUACAAUAGAAAUAAAAAAAGCAACAAUGGAAAUAAAAAUAUAACAAGAGAAACUAGGGAGUAGUGACCAUGUUAUGAAAUCGUAUUGCACUGUUGUUUUGCAUCCCCUGUCAUCCUAGUAUCCCCACUCCCUCCCCAUCUUUUUCCAAUGUUUUGUCCCUCCUCACCAAAACAACUGUCACUGCACUACAAUCAUCUGUAUAUUUUAUUUCUUGUUUUGCAGUAUGUAUUGUCACUUUUACUAGUACCGUAUUUCCUCGAAUUGCCGCCGGCACGCUAAUUAAUUUAAAACCUCUUCUCACUCCUGCGCUUACCAAAGGCAUGCGGUAAAAGUAAGAAUGCGCUAAUUAUUUUAAAACCUCUUCUCACUCCGGCACUUACCAAAGGCAUGCAGUAAAAAUUUGAGUGUGAUGUAAGCUUGGACCUUAAAUCCAACUGAAUAGCUCUUAACCUUCUUCCCUUUAUGCGAUUUCAAAAUACCGGUAUUGAAAUCAGCCUCCUUCAUUUUGAAAAUGAUGACAGGGGAAGUGCCACUAAUGACGUCACGAGUUUGACCAGGCGUUGUUAAUACUAAGCAUGCGCUAAUUAUUUUGGGAAGCGAGUUUGACCCGGCAGUAAUUCAAGGCAGGCGCAUACUAUAUACAAUUCCAGAAAAUACAGUAUUUUAAAUUACUUUUUACUACUCUCAAAAAGAAACAAGCAUGGUAAACUGUGGUGUACUGUCCAAGGUGCUGAAAACAGAGGAAAAGGGAAAAAAUACCGUACCUAAAAAAAAGGGUACAUUACCUGCUAUACUUAACAUUAUUUUGUUGCAUUGGGCAUUUCCUCCAACAACAUACAUUUUAUAUGAAUCUUUAUCUAUUCAUAAGUGCUGUGUAUUGUUUUUAUUAAACAAGGCACCGUGUUGUGAAUUAUGACAUAUUCAGCUGUAAAAUGUAGUUGGUUCCCAACCUGAAAACAGAAUCACUUAACAUUGUUUGCUAUAAACAUGUACAAGAAUAAUAAUAAUAAAACAUCCUUGCCGUUAUGCCUUUUAAAUAAAUGUGCCAAUUGACUUCAAGGGUAUUUUCAUACAAGUAGGGCACAUUUCAUGUUAACAUCACAAUUAAGAGUAUUUAAAAAGUAGAAAUAAUGCAUUUUUUUGACGCUCAUGUAUUGGUGUUUCAAAAAAGACUUGUAUAUUUUGCUAUGUUCUUAAAGUUCAAUGUGAUAUUUAAUCAUUGUCAAUAAAUGUUAAGACGGAACUAA